AUGGAACAGUCCGGCCACGCGAAAGGAAAGGGCUGCGGCUGGCGGUGUUCGCCCCUGGGCGGGCAGGAGAGUGCCGGGCUGGAGGUCGGAGGCCUGAGGUUCCCUCGAGAAUCGCGAAGAGUACGGUGUGGCUUUUCCUCCCGGAAAAGAGGCAGCGCGCUCGGACGUCGGCCGCGCCUCCGUUCCCAGAGGUUUCCGGGGCAGGGCUGGACUGCGGUCCCCGCGCGCUGCCAUUUCAAGUCACGUUUGGGAUGCUUCUUGCACACGGGAUCGUCGAGAGAAAGCGGGUCUUGGGACUCUGCCUCCUCCCUCCAGUCUGAUCAGUGGCAGUUUUACUCUGUUGGCUGUCAAGUGGGAGGACCGGUAGACUCGGGGUUUCUUGUCCCCGAGCCCCCUCCCCAGGGUGUGGAAUCAUCAAGAGUAUCUCAGGAUGUAGCAGGCAGCUGCAGUUGUAAUUUGGCAAAGAGGAAGGAUACAUUUUCCUUCCCCCUGCAUCUGGGACUGAAACAUUUGGACGGGAAUGAAAAACACCAACAGAACCCAUCUCCGCUUUCCAUGCAAGACAAACCCAGGUUCUCCCCGGGUCACGUGGAGUCCACAGAAACGUCAGCACCUAUUUGGCCAAUAGUUCAAAAUUAAGGAACCGUCUCAAUUAGUCCGAUGGAAGUUUCCUCGUGGACGUGAGUACCUGUGAGGAAUGAGACAUGCGUGAAAACCAUUCUAACAGCUCUCAGUAAUUCGUAAAUGGUGGUGCAUUUUGUUUAUUUUUCCUAUGCUUUAUUGUCAACACAAUUAAUGAUCUUGCUCUUGUCCGGGAUUCCCAUGAAUGAGUCCAGCAACAGAGGACCACGUACCUGACUGUGAUUAUAUUUCGAUUUUGAGGGAAAUAGAUUCUGCCAGAAAUUUAUCCCUGUGACAGACUCAGGAGCACGUGUAACUCUCAUAAUUCCGUUUUAGGGCUGAAUUAGACUCAA